AUUCAUUACGAGGAGAAUUGGAGCAGAAGUUAUCCAACGAAUAUUGCUAACUGAACCUAAAAAUUUGUUUGAUAUUUUUUUGUAAGAUAUAAAAGGGAAUUGUUGAUAAUUUAAGCAAUAGUCCUUAGUGUUUACCUAAAAAUCUUGUGCUAACUAAGCCCCGGAUAUGUUAUAAUUUAUAAACAGUAUUGUGAAAUAGAACAUUUUCUAGCAAUUUAAGAUGUCUUCAUUCAAGGAAUUAUGGAAUUUGGAAGAAUUGGAUGAAAAGCCCCAGGUUAUAGUUUUCGAUCUAGAUUACACCUUAUGGCCAUUCUAUGUGGACUGUGAAGUUACACCUCCAUUUCAAGUUGUAAAGGACGUAGUACUAGAUAGAAACAAGCACGAAGUGAAGCACUAUUAUGAAGUACUUCCAGUGUUAGAAAAAUUAGGAAAUGAAGGUUACGAAUUAGCAAUAGCCUCUAGAACCGGUGAAGUAGCAGGAGCGAAAUCACUUAUGAAUUUAUUUGGUUGGAUGCCUUAUUUCAAAGAACAGAAUAUUCAAAUAUAUCCAGGAGAUAAGAAGAGGCAUUUCGACAACAUACAAAGAGCUACUAAAGUGCCAUACAACAGAAUGAUAUUUUUCGAUGACGAAUGGAGAAAUAUUAGAAGUGUAUCAGAGCUUGGUGUUACUUGUGUGUAUGUGAAGAAAGGAAUAUCAAUAGCUGAAUUAAAGAGGGGUUUCGAAGAAUAUAAGCUGAAGAAUUCCAUUGGUAGUUAA